CGCUUGAUACCAUACCCUCUCUCUUUCUCUCCGUCUCUCUAUCUCUGCCCCUUAUCCUCCUUGGCCUUCCUCUAAACCCCUCCCUUCCUCCCUAAAAAUGUCUGCCACAGCACCAGCUCCUACCUUCAAGCGUCUACCAAUGGCAGACUCAUGCCUCUUCUCACUCCCUUCCAUUUUUACUUCAAAACCUCCCUACCAAUGUGUCUCAGUCCCUGCCAGACCCGUUAGGCUCCAGCUCUCCUACUCCUCUCACUCCCUAUCAUCUCUCUCUCUCAAACACAAGACCCACUUCUCUUCCUUUAUUCGCUUCGUAGCCCAGACCUCAGAUUGGACACAGAAAGAAGAGGAAGGCGACUCCACAAUUACUCUAACAGAAUCAGAACAAGUGGAAUCGACAUGGGAAAACCAACCAAGUGAUGAUUCUGAAGCCCAAGUUUCUGAUUGGGAGUCUGGCGGAGAAGAUGCAGUGGUGGAGGCGGUCGGCAGUGAUGGAGAGAGUGGUGAAGGGGGUUUUGAGCAGGCUGACACAGAGGAUGGCUUUGUGGAGCCGCCUGAGGAUGCCAAGAUUUUUGUGGGUAAUUUGCCUUAUGAUGUUGACAGCCAGAAGUUGGCUAUGCUAUUUGAGCAGGCUGGAACAGUUGAGAUUGCUGAGGUUAUUUACAAUAGGGAAACUGAUUCAAGUCGUGGAUUUGGGUUUGUGACUAUGAGUACCGUGGAAGAAGCAGAGAAGGCUGUGGAUAUGUUUCAUCGCUAUGAUUUAAAUGGCAGACUCUUGACCGUAAACAAGGCUGCUCCUCGAGGUUCAAGGCCUGAGCGCCCCCCUCGUGUGUAUGAACAAGCUUUUAGAAUCUAUGUGGGUAACUUGGCGUGGGAAGUAGAUGAUGCUCAGUUGGAGCAAGUUUUUAGUGAACAUGGUAAGGUGGUGGAUGCUCGAGUAGUUUAUGACAGGGAAACUGGUCGCUCACGUGGUUUUGGCUUCGUAACCAUGUCCACUGAGAGCGAGUUGAAUGAUGCUAUAGCUGCACUUGAUGGACAGAGUCUUGAAGGGAGGGCAAUCAGAGUAAAUGUUGCUGAAGCAAGACCAAGACGCAGCUCCUUUUAAUAUGAUAUGGUUUAGGCAUAAGUUUCUUGGUAUUAUUUUCUUCUGUAUUUUCGAAAGAGUUCUGUAAUUUCUCUUGUUCUUUUUUCCCUCUCUGGUUAGCUAGUUGUUUGGUUGAUUUUUAGCGAGUUAUGAAGCUAUCCAAAAUUGCUUCACGCGUUGCUUAAAAUUUGUUAAGUUGACAGUCAGUACAAAUUAUGAGAGGACUCUGUAAUUUCUUACAGAAAGGAAAAUAUAUGGUGCUGACAAAGUUUGAGAUGGUC